AGGUGGGUGUCAUUCGAAGAGUCACUCAUAACUGGGGAUCUGGUCUCAAUUUCAGCCUGUAGCUUCUAGACAUUCUUCUGGAUAGAUCUGUUUCAAAAAUGGCUUGUGGUCAACUAAGUGAAGAGAAAAAGGCUACCAAAGAAGUGCAAGAUAUUUGUGAUGAGGUGAAGAAUCGGGCAGAAUAUAAAGGCAAAGCCUCGUACGAUCAAUUUGACGCCGUUUCUUUCAAAACUCAGCUGGUUUCUGGAACCCAUUAUUUCAUCAAGGUUCAUGUUGGCAAUAAUUCUUAUGUCCACUUGCGUGUUUUUAAGUGUUUGCCACAUAUUGGAUCACACCUUGAGCUACAUGCUAUGAAAACGGGAUUAACAAAAGAGGACAGUUUGGAAAUCUUUGGAAAGUGAAACCUCUACGCCGAACAAAGUUUAAGGCUUUUUAAAUGUAACCAGAGAGGAAUAUUUUUUGAAUAAAAGCAAUGUAAACUUAAACAGGUCACAGAUCACAGUAAAUUAACUCUAUACAUCUAGGAAAAAAUCUGUAAUUAAUAAAAGUUUGGAAAUAUUCA